CUUAUUAGGACCAGGUCUGGGUGGAGAGCACCUCUGUUUUCCACCAGUUGUCACGCCGGCCUCCUCCGGGAGGAGUUGCGAGUAGCCAUCAACUUCCGUCGAUGUCAAGUGGCAGAGACUCUAGCAGAUAAGAAUAGGUCUGUCUGUCAGCUGUUUGAAAAGGGAGUGAAGCGGAAGAUGAGAGGGAAGGGGGCAGCCGGCUUUGUGGAAACAGCGAAGCGGAAGUAUGUCCAGGAGAGGAUAACAAUAGUUGCCCAUGAAGUGGCAGUGAAAGUAAUUGACAAGAAAAGAGCCAAAAAGGACACCUAUGUCACCAAGAAUCUGCGACGGGAAGGGCAGAUCCAGCAAAUGAUCCGCCACCCGAAUAUUGCUCAGCUGCUGGAUAUAUUGGAAACUGAGAACAGCUACUACCUUGUCAUGGAGCUGUGCCCUGGUGGCAACUUGAUGCAUAAGAUCUAUGAGAAAAAAAGACUUGAGGAGCAUGAAGCGCGCAAAUAUAUCCGGCAGCUUAUCCUGGCAGUUGAACAUCUUCACCGGGCAGGAGUAGUUCACAG